ACAAAUGUACAGUGUGCCGCAGGAUUAAUGGAAAGGUUGGUGAGCAAAAGAUGGCAAACCUGCCGGAAGAUAGGCUCUUGCCAGAUAAGCCUCCUUUCACAAAUACCGGUGUUGAUUUCUUCGGGCCGUUUGAUGUUAAGCGGGGCCGGAGUACAGUCAAAAGGUACGGCGUGAUGUUCACUUGCCUCACUCUCAGAGCGGUGCACAUCGAAGUUGCAGAUAGCCUCGACACAGACUCCUGCAUUAAUGCAAUUCGUCGCUUUAUGUGCAGGAGAGGUCAAGUUACCAUCAUGCGUUCUGACAACGGCACAAAUUUUGUGGCCGCUGAAAGAGAGUUAAGAGAAGCCGUUCAACUGCUGGAUAAUGACAAGAUUGAAAAGGCCUUGCAACCAAAAGGAAUAAAGUGGAUAUUCAACAGCCCAGCCGCUUUGCACCAAGGCGGGGUUUGGGAAAGACAAAUUCGGACCGUGCGAAGAAUCCUUAACUCCCUUUUGAAAGAGCAAGCAGUGAACGAUGAUUGUCUUCUGACAAUAAUGUGUGAGGUCGAAAGCAUCAUCAACGGCAGGCCGCUUACAACUGUUUCAGAUGAUGUUAACGACGUAGAACCUCUAACACCCAAUCACUUAUUGCUGUUGAAAUCUCAACCCAACAUGCCUCCAGGGAUUUUCAACAAAGAUGACAUGUACACAAGAAAGAGGUGGAAGCAAGUUCAAUAUCUUGUGGAUUUGUUUUGGACAAGAUGGACGUGUGAAUACCUUCCACUUCUUCAGGAGCGCCAGAAAUGUCUAAAGCCAAAAACAAACUUCAUGACAGGAGAUGUUGUGCUACUAGUGGAUAGUUCUUCCCCACGGAACUCCUGGCUCAUGGGAAAGGUUGUUGAAACGUUGCCGGACUCCAUUGGAAAAGUACGAAGAGUGAAGAUAAAGACCAAGACCAACACUCUGGAAAGGCCUGUAAAUAAACUGUGUUUGUUGGAAGAGGCAAUGUCAGAAGAGUGAAGAAAUAAGAAAUAAGUUGAUAGUUUAUGGACAUUUAGAAAUUGUUUGGCUCUCAGUGUUUAAGUUUGUAAUUGCUUAGUCCUCCUGCCUAUCCAAUUAGGGGCCGGGUAAUGUAAGAGCCAC